AUGGAAAUGGCACUCUCAUCAUCCGCUGCAACUCUGUCACCGACUUCAACAAAACCCAUUUCACAAUCUCUCUUUAUUUCCUCCAAGAGCUCUGCUUUUUUCAGAUCCACUGCUUUGACCCGACAGACCAAGGCUCUUGUUCUGGGCCGACCCAAGACCCGACCCGGAACCAACCCGGGUCUGUCUUGCACAUGUAUGUUUGGACUUGGCAUGCCUGAGCUGGUGGUUAUAGCUGGUGUAGCUGCACUUGUGUUUGGACCCAAGAAGUUGCCGGAGGUUGGCCGGAGUAUUGGCAAGACUGUCAAAAGCUUCCAACAGGCUGCAAAAGAGUUUGAGUCCGAGUUAAAAAAAGAGCCAGAGCUUGACGCAGAAUCAGCAGACGGGAAAGUUAUAGAAGUUAGCGAAGAAAACAAAAAAGAUGUGGAAGUGUCGAGCGCAUAG